GGCAAGAAACUGGGCCUCUACGCCAUGACGGUGGUGACCGGGCUGGCCAUCCAUGCCCUUUUCUUCCUGCCCCUCCUCUUCCUCAUCUUGACCCGGAAAAACCCCUUCCCCUUCAUCCGGGGAAUCCUCCAAGCCCUGCUCAUCGCCCUGGCCACUUCCUCCAGCUCAGCCACGCUGCCCAUCACCCUGCGGUGUCUUCUGGAGAACAACCGGAUCGACAAACGGAUCGUCCGCUUCAUCCUCCCGGUCGGAGCCACGAUCAACAUGGACGGGACGGCUCUCUACGAGGCGGUGGCCGCCAUCUUCAUCGCCCAGGUGAACGAGUACGACCUCGACCUGGGACAGCUCAUCACCAUCAGCAUCACCGCCACGGCCGCCAGCAUCGGGGCCGCCGGGAUCCCCCAGUCGGGCCUGGUCACCAUGGUCAUCGUGCUCACCUCCGUCGGCCUCCCCACUGAGGACAUCACGCUGAUCAUCGCCAUUGACUGGGCCCUGGACCGCUUGCGCACCAUGACCAACGUCCUGGGUGACGCGCUGGCCGCGGGAAUCAUAGCUCACGUCUUCCGGAAGGAGUUCGCCCCAAAGGACCCCAUGAACGAGAGGCUGGUCUGGACAGAGACCGCCUCUCCCCCUCCUCAGGACCCCGUGGGGCAAGGCAUGGAGGAGGCCCCGCCUGGGCAGAACGGUCACUGCAUCUGCGAGGUGUGA